AUGCCACGGAGAGGGCUCGAGAGCACUCCCGUGGACCCCAUCAGAGGCGAUUGCGACGGAUUUCCGGAGGUCAAUACCGGCGCCACCGACCGUGAAAUGCCCAUCAGUAUCAAGCCUGAGCUGUCCCAAACCGUCCUUAUCUUGGGUAGCCUCUGGCUCGUCACUGCACUCGGCUCCUCUGCAGCGAUCUCGCGCUCUCGCCACGACAGCACGCCGACGGCAAGCUUUGACGGCCGUCUGGUGGAUCUGCUGUGGCCACAGCCGCCCCUCACAUUCAGCUCGCAUCAGAACUCGACACUGGGCCCUCUCAUCCCGGUCGUGGCGGCGCCACGCGUCGCGCCGCCGGCCGAUCCCAGCCUCUCGGCGGUCGAGUCGAGCUUGGAUGCCCCCUCGGACACGACGCUAGGCCCAAACUUGCCUGUGCCGUGA